AUGGGCGCCAUAAAACGAAAGGCCGAGCAGGGCAGCACGCCGUCCAAGAAGGACAAGACUGCAUCGACCGACCGCCAUGCGAAGCGACGCAAAUCCGAUGUGACAGAACAGCCUGCGCCUGCAAAGUCGAAACCUGACAUUGCUCCUGCGCCAAAGAGCGUGUUCAAGGAUGAGGAGAAAUCUUUCCCGCGGGGUGGCGCAAGUGUCUUGACACCCCUCGAGCACAAACAAAUUCAGAUCAAGGCGAACCAGGACGUCCUCUUCGAACAGUCGGGAGUGAAGCGCACCGGCGGCGACGAUGGCUUCAGCGAUAUGGGCUCCGACGACGGCGAGGCGGCUGCUCCAAAGGCGAAGAAGCGGCCCGCCAAAAAGAGCAAGAAGGGACAGGAUGACGGCGAAGACGAAAAAAUCGUGCGCGUCGAGGGUCUCAACUACAAGAAACUUACCCCAGGUACCAUCAUUCUCGGACAAGUGACGGACGUUUCACACCAAGACAUCGUACUCGCCCUCCCGAACAACCUCGUCGGCUACGUGCCCCUCACGGCGGUCUCGGACAAGCUGAAUGAGCGACUCGAGAAGCUCUUGAAGGAGGAGGAAGAUGGCGCAGAUAUUGCGGAAGACGAGGACGAGAGCUUCGAGGAUGUACACCUGGAAGACAUGUUCACAAUUGGCCAAUAUAUGCGCGCCUGUGUCACCGCGACCACCGACGACAGCGCAAGGGCGAGGAAAAGGCUAGAGCUUUCAAUCGAGCCGAAGCUGGUAAACAAGGGACUGUCCAAGCGAAAGAUGCCUAUCAACAGCAUGGUACAGGCGUCUGUUGUAAGCAACGAGGACCAUGGUCUGGUCAUGGACCUGGGACUGGACGACUCAAAAAUCAAGGGCUUCCUACCCAAGGGCGAAUUGGGUCCAAAGAUCCAACAUUCAAAGGUACAGGAAGGCGCAGUCUUCAUGUGUCUAGUCACGGGCCUGAACUCGGAUGGUCGGAUCGUAAAGCUCUCGGCCGACCACAGCAAAGCAGGAAACCUGGCCAAGGGCAACACCCUCACAGAAGCCCCGACCAUCGAUGUGUUCCUGCCGGGAACCGCUGUUGAUGUGCUUGUUGCCGAUACCACUGCCAGCACGUUGACUGGAAAGAUCCUCGGGCUUGCUGACGCGACUGCCGACGCUUACCAUUCUGGAGCCACGGAGAAGGGUGGCGACGUGGCCCAAAAGUACAAGAUCGGAUCCAAGGUUAAGGCCAGGAUACUGUUCACUUGCCCAGACUCGGAUCCUGCUAGAGUUGGUGUUUCUCUACUGGACCACGUAGUGGCACUGUCCACCCGCAUGUCCGGAAAGCCAAAGGAGCGAAAGCCAGCACUCGACCUCAUGCCCAUUUCUACCAUCAUCGACAACGCAAAGGUUGUGAAGGUCGCGCCAGCUCUUGGUGCUUUCUUCGAACUUGGUGUCCGAGACGUGCUUGGUUUUGCGCAUAUAUCCCGGUUGUCUGACGACAGAGUGGACGUGUUGUCUGAAGAUGCCGGCGCGUACAAACUCGGCUCAACACAUCGAGCACGAAUUGUUGGCUACAACUCCAUCGACGGAUUGUUCCAACUGUCUUUGGAGCAAAAGGUCCUGGAUCAAGCCUUCCUCCGCAUUGAAGAUAUCAAACCUGGAGAGGUGGUCAAAGGCAAGGUCCACAAGCUUAUUGCCGACAAGAAGGGCGCGAGUGCAGUCCUGGUACAUCUUUCUGACGGCAUCACUGGUCUUGUAACUGAGAUGCACCUGGCUGAUGUCAAACUACAACAUCCUGAGCGCAAGUUUCGAGAGGGAGUUGCGGUGACAGCCCGCGUGCUGUAUACUGAGCCCGCACGGCACCAGAUUCAGCUUACCCUGAAGAAGUCUUUGGUCAAUUCUGACGUGAAGCCAUGGACGGACUACUCGAUGAUUUCGGAAGGCUCAAAGGGUCCCGGUAUACUCGUCAAUGUGCUAAAGAAUGGCGCCAAGGUCCGCUUUUACGGCGAUGUUACAGCGUGGCUGCCAGUAGCUGAGAUGAGCGAAGCUUUCAUGGACGACGCUACAAGACACUUUACGAAAGGACAGGUGGUCAACGUGCGUGUCAUUUCGGUCAACGCCAAAGACCGCCAAAUGCUUGUGUCAUGCAAAGAUCCAGCUGCGGUAGAUCCCAACAAGGAGGCUGCUUUCAAUGCCCUUAACCCUGGCAAUGUUACAAAGGGAACCGUUCUCGAAAAAUCCGACGAUGUAGCUACACUUGAUCUUGGUCACGGUGUCAAGGGCGUACUGCGAAUUGGACAUUUGACUGAUGGUUCAGAAAAGAAGGACAUUUCCACCAUGAAGAAAAUUCGCGUCGGUGGAACUCUCGAGGAUCUUGUGGUUCUCAACAAGCUUUUGAGAUCGAAGGUCGUCACUGUAUCCAACAAGCCCAGUCUGCGCAAAGAUGCCCAAGCCUCCAAACUCAUUACCAAUGUCGAAGAAUUAACAUCUGGCGAGAUUGUGCAUGGUUUUGUGCGUGGUAUACUACCGGACAAGGUCUUUGUAGAAUUUGGGAACGGCGUUAGUGGCGCCGUCUUCAAGUCGCAGAUGACGGAAGAGAUACUCACUGCACCCAAUUUCGGCCUGCGCAAGGACCAGUCUAUGACCUGUCGGAUCACGUACGUUGAUCCUACCAAUGGUAUGUUCUGGCUCUCAAUGAAGCUCGAGCCCGAGACAAAUGAAUCCGCUGCACCAACGCCAACAGCACCCACCGGCACAGCCAUGACAGCACCUGUCGACUCGAAAAUCACGAACACCGACGAAAUCAACUUUGGCACUGAGCUCAAAGUUCGCAUUCGUUCAAUCAAAAGCACGCAGAUCAAUGUCGAGCUGGCUGAGAAUGUUCAGGGUCGCAUAUCUGUUUCCGAGCUGUUUGACUCUUGGGACGAUAUCCCGGAUAAGAAACGCCCUACAGCACAUUUCCAAAUGAACCAGACCAUCAAGGCGAAGGUAUUGGGCCGACACGACGCUCGCAACCAUCGCUUCCUCCCAAUCACCCAUCGUUCGAGCAACAAGACCCCAACAUUCGACCUCACAGCAAAGAAUGAGAAGCUUAAAUCCGAGGGCGAUGUCCUGUCACUCGACAAAGUCACGGAGGGGUCGUCUUAUGUGGCCUUUGUGAAUAACAUUGCUGACCGCUACGUGUGGGUCAAUUUGUCUGCCAAUGUCCGCGGGCGUGUUGAUUUCCUUGAUCUUACAGAUGAUCUCGAGCAACUAUCCGCUGUCGAAGAGAACUUCCCGGUGGGAUCUGCUCUCAAGGUUCGCGUCAAGGCAGUGGACAUUGCCGCUGGGCGCCUGGAUUUGACUGCUGCAUCAACCGUAACUGGAAAGACACUCUCCCUGGCCGACCUCAAAGUAGGCUACGUGCUGCCUGCUCGCGUCACCAAGAUCCAUGACGCGUCGAUUGUUGUUCAAGUCAACGAGAACAUUGCCGCGCCAAUCUUCCUGGAGCGUCUUGCUGAUGAUUACGACAAAGCCAAACCGUCGGAGUACAAACAGGGCGACGUCCUCAGAGUCUGCGUCAUCGAAGUGGAUAUUCCAAACAAGAAGCUUGGUCUCUCUGCCAGGCCAUCGAAGGUUCUGAGCUCCACUCUGCCUGUCAAGGAUCCCAUAAUUGAGGACAAGGCGCAGCUCAAGGUUCAUCAGGUUGUACGUGGCUUCAUCAAGAAGAUCGCAGAUAACGGCGUUUAUGUUCGCCUGGGCCCACACGUGGAGACAUAUGUUCGUGUGUCAAACCUGUCAGAUUCCUAUAUCAAGGACUGGAAAUCGGCCUUUCACGUUGACCAGCUUGUCACCGGAAAGAUCAUCUCGAACAAGGAAGAUCAGCGCAAUGCGCAAAUGACGUUGAAGACCUCUACCAUCCAAGGCAACUAUGUCGAGAUCUUAGAGUUCGGUGACAUGAAGGCUGGUCAGAUCGUGACUGCCAAGGUGCGAAAGGUCGCAGAGUUCGGCGUCUUCUUGGUAGUUGACAACUCAAACAACGUCAGUGGACUGUGCCAUGUUUCGAAACUGGCCGAUAAACCAGUCGCCAAAGACAAGAUCAAGGACAUGUACAAAGAAGGUGACAUCGUCAAGGCGAAAGUCGUCAGCGUCAACCCAACAGCAAGGAGGAUCAACUUCAGCUUGAAGUACUCGCAGGUCAAGGGCUCAGAAGAGGAAGAUGAGGAUAUGGAGGAUGAUUCGGAUGUUGACGUUGACAUGGCGGAUGAUGUAGAUUCAGAUGACGGCGGCAUUGAACUUGACGACGAAGACGUCGACAUGAGGAGUGUGAAGAGUGCCGAAAGCGACGAGGAUGGCGCAGAUGAAGUGGAGUCGGAGGCCGAGUCAGAAACCAACGCCACCAAAGCCGCAGUACCUGGCCUUAGCACAUCCGGCUUCGACUGGACAGGCGCGACUCUGGAUUUCGAUCAGGUUGAACGUGGGCAUGAUUCUGACUCGGACGGUGCAGCGACCAAGAAGAAGCGCAAGAGCAAGAAAGCGACCAUCAAGGAAGACCGCACAGGCGACCUUGAUGCAUUCGGACCUCAGUCUGUAGCCGACUUCGAGCGACUUCUCCUCGGACAGCCCAACAGCGCUGAGAUGUGGGUGCGCUACAUGAUCUUCCAGCGUGAGCUGAACGAGAUCGAGAAGGCCCGCCAGAUUGCUCGUCGUGCACUGUCGACCAUCAACCCUCGUGAGGAGAAAGAGAAGCUCGAUGUUUGGACCGCGCUGCUGCAUCUCGAGAAUGAUUUCGUCAGUGAUGAUGCGAUAGAAGCCACAUUCAAAGAAGCUUGCCAGCACAACGACUCGCGCGAGAUUCACGAGCGUAUGAUCAAGAUCUACAUCUCGGCAAGCAAGUUCGAGAAAGCAGACAAUCUCUACCAGUCAAUGAUGAAGAACAAAUCCUUCACCCCCGACCCCAACUUCUGGCUCGGCUACGCCACAUUCCUCAUGGACGUCCUCUCGCCCCCCUCACCCACCCGCGCCCGCGCCCUCCUCCAACGCGCCACGCAAUCCGUCCCAUCCACCCAACACCGGCACCUGACCCAAAAAUUCGCCGCGCUGGAAUUCAAAUCCGCCAACGGCGACGCCGAGCGCGGCCGCACCAUCUUCGAAGGCCUCGUCUCUACAUGGCCCAACAAGGGCGAUGUUUGGGACGUGUACCUCAGCCUGGAAUUGAGCCACGGCACCGAGGAGAAUGUUAGGGACCUGUUUGAGCGGAUGAGUAAGGUGGGCAAGAAGAAGAGGGCGAUGGGCGUUUUCAAGAAGUGGGCCGAGUGGGAAGAGAGCAAGGGGAAUAGGAAGGGGGUUGAGCGUGUGAAGGCGCUGGAGCAGCAGUGGAGGGAGGCGAGGGAGAAGGAGAAUGAUGAGGAGUAG